AUGCCGACCCUCAAUAUAAUUACUAAUGUGCCCGGCAACGCUGUCGACAACUCAGACACGCUGAAGGCCCUGUCCAAGGCAGUCGCAGACAGCGUCGGCAAGCCGGAGCAGUGGGUGAUGGUGUCCCUAACAACUGACAAGCCCAUGUGCUACGGCGGCAGCGAGGCGCCCUGCGCAUACGGGGAGCUCCUAAGCAUCGGAGCCAUCGGCGGGGAGAAGAACAAAGCGAUCUCCGGUGCCGUCGCCGCUGUGCUCAAGGCGCGGGCGGGGGUGGACCCCUCGCGCUUCUACCUGCGGUUCACAGACAGCGCCCGCUCGGACUUUGGCUGGAACGGGUCCACUUUUUGA